AUGAAGUCCGUCUCGUCGCUCAUCUUUACCUCCCUCCUGGCCACGGCCUUGGCCCAUAGCUCUGAGUCGCAGGCGUGCGGUGCUGCUCUGCGCCCAGGCGUUCCGUAUGGCGGCCCCAACCCCACGUACAGUGACAAGCACCGUGUCACCGUCGAGGAAAUUGAUACGUUGCUGCAGGAACUGGCUUCGAGGACCAAAUGGAGCUCUCCAGCCAUCCGUAGUUCACAGGCAGGUCUGACAACUCGCGACCGAGGCGACUUGGAAGGUGUCUACCGGCGGCUCAACGCCAAGGAGGCAAAAUGGCUUACCCGGCUUGUCCUCAAGGACUAUAGGCCAUUGAUCCUCGACUCCAGGCUCGUCUAUCAGUGCUGUCACCCGGUUCUGCCGGCAAUACUGCAGAUUCAAGACGACUUUGCGGCUGCCAUCAACGCCCUGCAAGCCGCUAAAAGCCCAAUGCUGCCAAACUCGAGCCGACAGGCACGCCUCGGGAACGAAUCCAUUGCGUCCAUAAAACCCCGGCUGGGCAUCAAAGUGGGUAGGCAAAACUGGUUCAAGGCGCGGAGCAUCAAGCACUGCAGCACGCUUGGCUACGGCCGCAUGAGCGUCGAGAACAAGAUCGACGGCGAAUACUGCCAGAUCCACAUCGAUGCCACCCGUGACCCUCCUAGGAUACAGAUAUUUUCCAAGAGCGGCAAGGAUAGUACGGAAGACAGACAAGGCCUACGAAGUCCGAUCCUGAAAUCACUCAAAUUGGGCACGUCGGCGUCGAACGUUCGCAAAAACUGUAUCUUGGAGGGCGAACUAGUUGUGUACAGCGACUUGGAGGGCAAGAUUCUUCCCUUUCACAGGAUCAGGAACCAUGUGGCGCGCAGGGGUCGCUUCAUGAAUACAGAAGAUGACACGCCUCCAAAACCCUACGAAAAUCUAAUGAUAGUGUAUUACGACAUGUUACUACUCGACGACCGCUCCUUGCUGGACAUACGCCACUCUGAAAGAUUCAAGCUGCUCGAGCGGACGAUCCACUGCGACAAGGGCCGCGCAGAGAUUGUGCCGAGGCAAGUCGUCGAUUUUGGUGGCCGGUACGCCAUUUCCGACCUCCGACAAGCUUUCGCAAAGACUAUUGUCGAACGAGGAGAGGGUCUCGUGCUCAAACCAGACGACCCCUACUUUAAUUUUCACAACAGCAGCAAGCGGUUCUCCGGGCUCUGCAUAAAACUGAAGAAGGAAUACAUCGGCAACUUUGGCGAUAUUGGAGACUUCGCAGUGGUUGGCGCAGGCUUCAAUGCCUCCAAGGCACGUUCCUACAUGAUCCCGGACCUGAAGUGGACGCAUUUCUUCCUAGGCUGUCUGGAAAACAGGGAGGAGGUAAAGAGGUGGAACGCAACCCCCGAGUUCACCGUCGUGACGGUCGUAGAGCUCAACGAGACGCAGCUCAAGUCGCUGCUUGCUUUCGGCAACCCCAUGCCUGUUGAGCCGGCUAUCAAUGUCGACACCAGGCUCAAAAUUCCACGCGGCCUUGAGACCAACACGCCCAUGUGCUUUGCUUUCCGAAAUCCUCUCGUCUUUGACUUGAGGUGCUUCAGUUUCGACAAACCCGGAAACAUGGGCUUCUGGACGCCGAGAUUUCCCGCAGUCUCCAAAAUCCACUUUGACCGCGACUACACGGACACGAUCUCGCUCGAGGAACUCCAGGAGAAGGCCAAGGAGGCAACCACAGGCACUGAGAUGGACGACAGCCAGGAGAAUCUAGCGUGGAUCGCGAGACUCGAAGGGGCUGACCCUCGGGGGCGCGCCGUUGAUGCAGUUAGCCAACUUACCGCUACGACGAUGCCGACCCCUUCUCCGGUCAAGUCUACCCAGGCUACAUCCGAGUCCGAUCCACGGCUAUCCCCUGUAGCUUUCAGGUCCGUGGGCAGGGCUUCCGUCAACCUUGGACAGGUACUCCACACGGCUACCAGGGAGUUUGCAGUACCGCGGGUUCCGUUGAUCACGCCACCGUCGUCCUCGCUGCCGGAGGAGGCCGCAUCGCCGACAGCCUGUGCAAACGCUGCUCCGCGAAAGCGCCAGUCGAAACCUGUGUUGGAAACUUCACCAGCACCCAAGAGGCAGCGAACCAUUGACUGA